GAAUAGGUUUGCAAGCUCUGAAUCCAUCGCAAGCAUGCAGCUACCUCUGUCCUCUCAGCAGCUCCUGCUGACCUUCGCGACCGUGGCCGCCCUGGUCGGCUCAGGUCACAGUGGCCCAGUCCCAACUGAGGAAUAUCAGCAACUACUGCGAAUCCCCGCCUCUUCUCCUUCAUAUUUCUUUCAAGACAAACCAUUUACUCCAGAUCAUCGCGAUCCUUAUGACCACAAGGUGGAUUCGAUUGGAGAUGGCCAUGAGCCCUUGCCCUGGCGCAUGGGUGACGGAGCCACUGUCAUGGGGCCACGUAACAAGGACCGUGAGCGCCAGAACCCCGACAUGGUCCGUCCUCCUAGCACCGACCAUGGGAACAUGGCCAACAUGCGAUGGAGCUUUGCAGACUCCCAUGUCCGCAUUGAGGAGGGAGGUUGGACACGCCAGACAACCGUGCGUGAACUCCCAACCAGCAAGGAGCUUGCUGGUGUCAACAUGCGCCUAGAUGAGGGGGUUAUUCGUGAGUUACACUGGCACCGGGAAGCGGAAUGGGCGUAUGUGCUGGCCGGGCGCGUGCGAGUGACCGGCCUCGACCUCGAGGGCGGCAGCUUCAUCGACGACCUGGAAGAAGGCGACCUGUGGUACUUUCCCUCAGGCCAUCCGCAUUCCCUUCAGGGUCUUGGUCCGAACGGUACCGAAUUUCUGCUCAUUUUUGACGAUGGGGGGUUUUCUGAGGAGUCGACGUUCUUGUUGACUGACUGGAUGGCACACACCCCCAAGUCUGUCCUGGCCGAGAACUUCCGCAUGCGCCCGCAGACCUUCAAAAACAUCCCGACCUCAGAGAAGUAUAUUUUCCAGGGGUCUGUUCCCGAGUCCAUCGCCAAAGAGUUACCCCGCAACUUCAAGGCAUCGAAGCAACGUUUCACACACAAGAUGCUAGCGCAGGAGCCCGAGCACACCACUGGAGGAGACGUCCGUAUCACCGACUCGUCCAACUUUCCCAUCUCCAAGACAGUGGCGGCUGCCCAUCUGACCAUCCACCCUGGAGCCAUCCGGGAGAUGCACUGGCACCCCAAUGCUGACGAGUGGUCCUACUUCAAGCGGGGUCGGGCGCGAGUGACUAUUUUUGCUGCCGAGGGCACUGCUCGUACAUUUGACUAUGUUGCCGGUGACGUGGGCAUCGUGCCCCGAAACAUGGGCCAUUUCAUCGAGAACCUCAGCGACGACGAGGAGGUGGAGGUGCUGGAGAUCUUCCGGUCGGACCGGUUCCGCGACUUUUCCUUAUUCCAAUGGAUGGGCGAGACACCGCAGCGGAUGGUGGCGGAGCAUGUCUUUGCGGAUGAUCCGGAUGCAGCGCGGGAGUUCUUGAAGAGUGUCGAGAGUGCGCAGAAGGAUCCUAUUCGGAGUCCAUCUCACUCAUGAGCUACAUGUUAUUGAGUGUUGUUGUAUCGCAUGUGUUAUUGAGCGCGAAUUGCCAGCGUGGAUGUAAUGUGGCAUGCAGAGGAUGCCGUGAGGAUUAGCAUAAUUUAAUUCUUGUUGCUUUCAUCAUAUUGCUUUCAUCAUAUCUGACCAUUGUCCUUUCCUCAUCAAGCAUCCGAAGGGAAGCCGGAUUUCCAGACUGGGGUAACCGGUAUCGACGUCAUUGCCGAUCACGCCGUCGUUAUCAGCGUAUCGCCAUCAUCGAUCGUCCCUAUUGGACGACUGUUAGCUC